AUGGAGGGUAAGGAACCGACGGACGACGAGGUGCUGAAGGGUAUGCUGAGCCGGCGUUUUCUGUAUGCUAAAGCACACCGGAGCAGUGCUUAUCAUCACACGUUUCGCACGAAAACACGAUGGGAGCUGGUACGGCUGUCACUGCUAAUCGUCGGCAUCGAGUGUACGUACGCGACCGAGACGGCCUUCGUUGCACCAAUUCUGCUGGCGAUCGGACUGCCCCACACGGUGAUGACGAUGAUGUGGGCAAUGCCACCCAUUGUUGGCGUGCUGUUUGUGCCGGUUGUAGCAUCCGUCAGCGAUCGGCUGCGGUCUGCUUGGGGCCGGCGAAGGCCUGUCCUGCUGAUCCUUGGCAUUGCGAUGCUGCUCGGCAUGAUGCUACUUCCGUACGGACGUCUCAUUGGGGAAACGGUUGGACUGCGAAGUGUCGCUUGGAUUGCCACAAUCACCACCAUCGGACUGACGACGACCGACUUCUCGGCCGAAGCGUCCAACGGGCUGUGCCGAACGUACGCCAUGGAGGUGUGCACGAUCCAGGACCAGGCCCGUGUACUCAGCACGAUGAUGUUGAUCGGUGGUAUGGGCGGAUUGCUUGGCUAUCUGUUCGGUGCGAUAGACUGGAGCGCUCUCCCGAUUGGCCAGUACUUUGAAAGCAACGAAGCCGCCGUCUUCACGGCCAACUGGGUCGUGCUGCUGAUUGGGCUGGUAAGCACGCUGACCAGCUUCGCGGAGAUACCGCUGCCGGUGCAGGAAGAGGAUGAGCUCCUCCGGCCGGUCACGCACUUUGCGUUACAGAACGAGGUGAAACGCAUGCGGGGCGAUGAAUAUACGGCCCAAACGCACCUUACCGAAAGCGUGGGCUUCCGCCAGUUUGUACGCAACACAUUGCAGAUGCCACGCUCGAUGAAGAUCCUAUGCCUGACGCAGUUCCUGUCCCACAUGGGUUAUCUACCGUACUGUUUGUACUUUACCGACUUUGUAGGCGCGGAGGUGUUCCACGGUGACGUGCAGGCCCUGGAGCAUUCGCCGGCAUUCGUGCGGUACGAGGAAGGAGUGCGCUUUGCUUGCUGGGGGAUGGCACUGUUCUCCGGUUGUGCCUCACUGUACUCGUUGGUGAUAGAGAAGUUGAUUGAUCGGGUCGGUGCAAGACCCGUGUAUGUUUGCGGCUUGAUGGCACACUGUGUCGGCAUGUUGGCGAUGGGUUUUCUGCGCAACCGUGCCAUCGUGAUGCUCUGCUGUUCGCUCACCGGUAUCAUGUACGCCACCAUUUUCUGCAUGCCGUUCCUCCUGAUCUCCCAUUAUCAUUCGAAAAACUCGUUCCACAUGGUAGAUGGCAAGUGUGUGGAAAGUGACGAACCACGCGGUUUCGGAGCAGACGUGUCGAUGAUGAGCAGCGUCCUGUGCCUUGCCCAGCUAAUCGUUUCACUGGUGAUGGGCGUUCUAAUCGAUGCAGCUGGAACGACGGUCGUGAUCACAUUCAUUUCCGGUGGAUGCACCUUCUUAGCUGCCGUGUCCGCGAUGGCAGUACUGUACAUGGGGCUGUGAAUACAUUUUCUCACCCCCACCGGGAUCCAUCUAAAACCACCACCAUUUUCAUCGUCAUUUUGUUCAACUUUAGCUUAAACCGUGGUAUCUAAUUGAGCAAACGGCCGAUUGUAGUACGGUCCAGUUCUAAUUGAUUCCGCUCGUUUUGUGUGUGUGUGUGUGUUUCGCAAACGCUGGAUGAAUCUUCAAUCCGCGUAUCGCGUUCGUUUACUGACACAUGUGCGCAACCCGUUACUGGUUGGGUGCUGGAAAGAAGGAGCGCAAGAUAGCAAUUUAAUUGACGGUCCCAUCGCCCCGCAACCAGCACGUCCCGCGACGAGUUAAUAAAGUUGUCCACAACCGAGCAGCGGCGUGCGAGCGUCGUGCUGCAGCUGGCAGUCAUGGAAAUGUGACAUCAAUUACGGGAUAAACCUAAGAUGUGAGGCGCACCGUUAUACCAAUGAUUGAUUGUACAUGGGUCUGUCGUAAUUAAAUGAUAAAGUUUUUCGUGCGAUGUAAGAUGUUAAGAUGAUGAAAGCGAAUAGCACACUAAAAGACGAGCGGUUGGUUUGAUGGACAGAAGACGCGCUGAAGAGAAGAUACUUGUGAUAGAAUGAGUAUUUCUAUGUAGGUUCGUAGAACUAUAAGAUUGUUUUAUUCCCACACACACACACUCAAAUAGAGCUAGAUGUGCGUAGGUGAUUGAGUUUGCUCUAUAAUUAGUUGCUUCGAUGUAAAAUAGAUUCGUAGUACGUUGAAAUUAAAAUGCCAGCUUAUGUUUUG